ACAUUUUGCCGUUUCUGGUCUUUAACUUGAUUGCCAAAGAAAAAAGAGCUCCAAGUCAACAUAGAGCAGCUUGAAAAUGAGAACUUUGGUAGAAACACAUACAAACUUUACUAAAAUAUUAUAAAACCCCAAAUCAGAUCCCUCCAAAUCUCCACAACAAAUCAUUCCAUCAUUUUCCUUCCCCAAGCUGUAGCCAUGGUGGAAAGGGACCAAGUAAGGCCUCUAGCGCCGGCUGCUGACGCUCCAACCAGUGAUGACGGAGAGGCUGCUUUGCAACUCAAAAAAGUCAGACGCAAGAAACUCAUCCGAUGUUGCGCUUGCAUCGCUGCUUUGUUCAUCAUCUUAGCCGUGGUCAUUAUUGUCUUAAUUUUCACAGUGUUUCGAGUCAAGGAUCCGAUCAUCAAAUUGAAUGCCGUCUCACUUACAAAUCUGGACCUAAUCAAUGGUUCCAUCCCUACAUCUGGGGCCAACAUAUCAUUAAUAGCCGACGUCUCCGUCAAAAAUCCUAACAUAGCGUCUUUCAAGUAUAGGAACACCACCACUACUCUUUAUUACUACGGCACCGAAGUCGGGGAUGCUCGAGGCCCUGGGGGCACCGCAAAGGCCCGUCGGACCAUACAGAUGAAUAUCACCGUUGAUAUUAUAACGGAUCGGGUGUUGGCCAGUCCAAAUCUGACUGCGGAUCUCACUUCUGGGACGUUGACCAUGAUCAGUUACUCGAGAAUUGGAGGAAGGGUGAAUAUGUUAAACAUUAUAAAAAAGCAUGUUACGGUAACGAUGAAUUGUACGGUGACAGUUAACAUCACCAGCCAGGCAAUUCAAGAACAGAAGUGCAAGCAUAAGGUUGAUCUCUAGCUUUGAAACUAUUUUUGCUUCUUGCCUUGCCCUCUAGCUUACAUACAUACAUACAUACAUAUAAUACUAUUUUACAUAGAUAGCGGCAUCUUAGGUAAGUGAACUUAUGGUAUGAUUAUAAUUUCUUUAUCACUGAAGCUUUUGCCGAAGUUAGCUUUAAUACAAUGAUUUUUUUUU